AUGAGACCUGGGGCUUUGCAUGAAAUAAGAUGGGUAAGUCAUACUGACCCCCUGCCCCUGGGGCAGUUGGAGCUGAAGCAGCUCGAGUACAGGAGGGUGAGGGUCCGAGGGAGGUUUGACCACUCCAAGGAACUCUACAUCAUGCCCCGAACGAGGGUGGACCCAGACAAAGAGGCACAAGAAGCUGGACGCCUGAUGUCCAGCACAGAGACCGGAGCCAAUGUGAUCACUCCAUUCGACUGCACUGAGCUGGGGGUGAGGAUUCUUGUGAACAGAGGCUUCGUUCCCAGAACGAGACUGAAACCGGAAACACGAACGAAAGGACAGAUUACAGACGAGGUGGAGAUUGUUGGUGUCAUCCGACUGACAGAAAGUCGCAGACCAUUCAUCCCUCAGAAUGAUGUCGAGAGGAAUCAUUGGUAUUACCGGGAUUUGGAGGCAAUGGCACACGCUGUGGGCACAGAACCCAUCCUCAUUGACGCAGACUUCAACAGCACAGUCCCUGGAGGUCCAAUUGGUGGGCAGACAAGAGUAACCCUGAGGAAUGAGCACCUGCAGUACAUCCUAACCUGGUAUGGGCUGUGUGCAGCAACCUCCUAUAUGUGGUUCCAGAAGUUUGUACGGAAAGCGGCUGUCUAGUUACCUGUCAGCAGAUCCUCCUUGGAAAUCAAUUCCCUGCUUGUGUAAAUGAUGUUAUAAAUUCACAAUUCAAAA